AUUGCGGCUGAACAACUUGAUAAAAGAAUCGAAGAAAUACAAUUAAUAAGAUAUGGAAAACGACUUAGACAGAGGAUUAAAGCAUUUCGUUAUUCUAUACCAGAUGAGUAUCUUGAAGAUGCCAUCCAAUCUCCAUUCACCGACCGUCUUGAAGAAUAUUCGAAUAUAGCUCGAUUGAAUUAUGCUAUUGGAAAUAUAAUUGCAUCUGGUACGGCUAAUUUAGAUCGAUGUAAAAAGGCUGUCAAUGAUGUGAAACAGUCGUUGAGCCAAAAACAUCAGUUUUUUACUAUUCCUACUGAACGUAUUCAAGCACUGGACGAUCUUCUAUGCGCAUUUGGUUUAACGGAUGAGCUCGGGCAAUUGGCUCUAAAAGAUCAGGUUCCGCUGGAUCAAAUAAAGAAAAUCGUAGUUAAUGAACAAAUUCUACAUUGCACACGAGUCAUAUUGGUGAGCGCAGAUGAUGAACAUCUCGAAAUAUUAAGUCUACUUACGAGUAGGGAAAUUGGACUUAAUCGACAAGUGUUUGCUAACAAAGUUAGGGAGUGUUAUGCAAGUUCGAAUAUGUUGGAUAAAUCUUUAGUUACAAAUUUAUUGAAAGCUGAACAGGUUAUUUCAGUCGACGAUUGGGAAAAAAAAUUCUUAACUAGUACGGGCAAUGUUCUACACUAUCGUUAUUUUCCGCUGUUGUCAAGACUUUAUAAUUUGGCAUUGCAACCUUGUGAUGUUAAAAACCAUCGACUGCACGGUUUUGUGUUUGUUUCAACGAAAGCAAAGAUUGACUAUUCUAGUGGUGCGUCACAGAUUGUCUAUGUUGUUGUACGAGAAAACAGUCCAAAUGUGGAUGCCGUUUUCGUUACAUGUAAAUCGGUGUUAAAUUAUCUUUACACACAGUUAGAGCUACAGAAAAUACCUGAUGAAAAGGCUAAAAUCCAUGUUCAAAUUGCUAAUAAUUAUUGCACUGCAGCUGACGUAUUUGAGAAAAAACACCGUUUGUUGGCGCUACCAUUAUGGCAACAAGCUUUUGAUGCGUAUUCCAAUGCAUUAAAAUGUGUACCAUUAAAUAUAGCAGCGGCAUUAGGUUAUAGCAGAUGUCAGUUAAUGCUUAGUAAAUACAGCAGAGCUAAAGAAUUUUUAGGGAAAAAAACAAAACAUUUAAAUUGCGCUGAAGCGUGGUAUCUGCUUGCACGAGCAAACAGAAACAUGCAGAUGUAUGACGACGCUCAAUACGCUGUUAAUAAAUCUCUGGCUUUAGAUAAAACAUAUCAAGACGCUAUUCGAGAAUCAAAAGUUAUCGAUAGUCUUAAAA